CUUUCACGCUCACUGUAGUGUAAAACACUAUUCGUGUCCUCCAUAAAAGAAGAUUCCAUUGAGUGUCAACGACAAUAUUAUUUUUACCUGACUCCGAAAACAAUUAUGGCGUAUUUGUGACAACCAUGUUUUAUAGUUCCACCGGGUGGCAAAGCGGAAGGAUAUCUGACUGUUGGCUAUAAAGCCCGCGCCACUGCUCUUUGUUUGUUAUAGCCAGACGGAACCCGGAAGACACAGACGUUCACCGGCAGAAACCAUUUGUUUUGUCAAAAUGCAGAUCUUUGUGAAAACCCUGACCGGCAAGACCAUCACCCUGGAGGUGGAGCCCAGUGACACCAUUGAGAAUGUCAAGGCAAAGAUCCAGGAUAAGGAGGGGAUUCCUCCAGACCAGCAGCGUCUGAUCUUUGCUGGCAAGCAACUGGAGGACGGCCGCACCCUCUCUGACUACAACAUCCAGAAGGAGUCCACCCUCCACCUGGUCCUGCGUCUCCGUGGAGGAAACUGAUCUCCACCUUAAAGAGGUCUCUGUAUAACCACCAUCUUUAUUCCAGUGUAGAGGAGAAAAAAAAAUCACCUGUUCUGCUCCAGCAGUCAGCCAUUUAUCUUUUAAUUUGAAUAAAGGUUAAGCAUUCCUGACUUUUGAGUUCAUAAUUCCACUUUGCUGUUUGACUGCUUUAACUGACAGUUUUUUGGGGGGGAGGGGGGGGUCCAGACUUUAAUUUGAGCCAUUUUUCAUCUGUAACCGAAAAUACACAAAUGUGUUGAAAUGAUAAAAUUAGAC